GUGACAUCGCCUUUCGAUUUAUUAAUUAUGUUCGCUCUGUACGAGAACGCCAGCUCCAGCAGAAGCUUAAGCACCAUCAGAAUUUAUCGUGGCAGGAAAUUUCUGAGAGUUACCAGGAAGACAAAUUUAAGUCGUUAGGGGAUUCCCAGGUGGUGGUCUGUGACAUUAACAAAGAAAUGUUAAAAGUUGGGAAGCAGAAAGCACAGCAUCUUGGCUACUCCGAAGGUUUGUCUUGGGUACUUGGGGAUGCUGAAGAGUUGCCCUUUGAUGAUGAUAAGUUUGAUGUUUACACAAUUGCCUUUGGAAUCCGAAAUGUAACUCGUAUUGAUUUGGCACUUCAGGAGGCCUAUCGUGUGCUGAAACCAGGAGGAAGAUUUCUCUGCCUUGAAUUUAGUCACGUCAGCAACCCUCUUCUUUCCUGGCUCUAUGAUCUAUACAGUUUCCAGGUUAUCCCUGUUCUGGGUGAGGUUAUCGCUGGUGACUGGAAGUCUUACCAGUAUCUCGUGGAAAGCAUCCGACGUUUCCCCCCUCAAGAGGAGCUGAAGGCAAUGAUAGAAGAUGCAGGGUUUUUAAAAGUGGAUUAUCAGAAUUUAAACUCUGGCAUCGUUGCCAUUCACUCAGGUUUCAAACUGUGAGUUUGCUAUGUAGCAAAACUCAGAAAGUGUAAUUUUCCUGAGGAAUAUGAAAGCUGUGGAAUUUUAA